AUGAACAAACUACAAAAUAAAACGAUCGAUAUCGAAGCUAUUGAAAAAGAUGACGCGAGUGCAGUGUACGAAACGGAACUGAAGAGAGAACCCUAUAAUUUCCGUCUUUGGUGGGAAUAUAUUCAGUCCAAGCGAGAUAGCGAACCCGAAGUGCGCUUUGCCUUGUACCGAAGAGCACUGGAGAAACUGCCUGGAAGCUACAAGUUGUGGAAUAACUAUUUGACGGAGCGUAAACGCCAGUGCUUAAAUGUGGUAAUUACAGACAACAUCUACGUGGAGGUGAACAAUGAUUAUGAAAACGCUCUGCGCACCAUGCACAAAAUGCCCAAAAUCUGGCUGGGCUACUGCAACUUUUUAAUCUCCCAAAAGAAAAUCACAAUGACUCGCCGUACCUUCGAUCGCGCCCUCCAAGCGCUCCCCUUAACCCAGCACGACCUGAUCUGGGAUCCCUACAUCGCCUUCAUCAAAUCCUGCGGCGUGCCCGAGACCGCCGCCUGCGUCUACCGUCGGUUCAUUCUGGUGGAGCCGGAAGCGAUCGAAGAUUUCAUUCAUUACCUCAUCGAAACGGAGCACUACGACGAGGCCGUGAAGCAGCUCUGCCGGCUCUUCAACGAGGACCGCUACAAGAACAUCGAGAAGGAGAAGCGCGGGGAACUGCUGUCGAGCCUGCUGAACCUGCUCAUCAAACAUCCGCGCGAUAUUCUCUCCGUAAACGUGGAGCAGAUGAUUCGGAACUGCAUUCGCGAGUUCGAGGGCGAGCAGGGCAUGUGGUGGUGCAUGUACGCCGAGUACUUCCAGCGACUGAACAACGUGGAGAAGGCGAGGGACGUCUUCGAAGAAGCGCUGCAGAGCGUGCAUACGGUCCGCGAUUUCUCGAUGAUUUACGACACCUACGUCAAGUCCGACGACGGGGAAUCGCGGGAAGACGAAGACGCGACCUUCGAUUUUGGCGGGGAAUCGCUGGACGAAGACGGCGACCUGCAGGACCUCCGCGAGGACGAAAGCGACCGUCUGCUGCGCGAGGCGCGUCUGAACUACCUGAUCAACAACCACCACGUGCUGCUGAACAACGUGCAGCUUCGGCAAAACCCACACGACAUCCGGAAAUGGCGGCAGCGCGUUCGGCUUUUCCUGGACCCCGCGCAGGGCGUCGUGACCGAGCCCGACCCCGCCAAGGCCGUCAUUGCCUACACGGAGGCCGUGAAGACCGUCGAUCCUGCGCGGGCGACUGGGAAAUUCUCGCAGUUGUGGGUGGAUUUUGCCCGGUUUUAUGAGGGCUACGACGACCUCGAAAACGCAGAGCGCGUCUUCCAGAAGGCCGUGAGCGUGCCGUUCAAGUCGGUGGAGGAGCUGGCCGCGGUGUGGGCCGAGUGGAUCGAGAUGGAGAUUCGCCAUGACCGGUUGGAAGAGGCAUAUCAGACAUGUCUGGCAGCCACCACGCCUCCGAGGGGCGUUGCAAAAGAAGGCUACCAAACGGUCCAAGAACGCGUCUACAAGUCGAACCGACUCUGGAACCUGCUUCUGGACAUGGAAGAGAGCAUCGGCACGAUGGACACCACGCGCGCUGCCUACGACCGCAUGUUCGAUCUCCACAUCAUCACGCCUCAAGUACUCCUUCCUCCCUCUCUCCUUCCUCCUCAGAACGUUCUGAACUACGCCGCCUAUCUCGAAGAGCACAACUGCUACGAAGAGUCCUUCCGCGUCUUCGAGAAAGGCCUCGACGCCUUCCCCUACCCGCACAGCCGCGAGAUCUGGCUGCAGUACCUCAACCGAUUCGUUCUCCGCUACAAGGACGCCAAGAUCGAGCGAGCCCGCGACAUCUUCGAGAAAUGUCUCGAAUCCGUUCCCGCGGAGGCCAGCAAGGAGUUCUACCUGCUCUACGCGGAGAUGGAGGAGAAGUACGGCAUGGUACGGCACUGCAUGGACGUCUUCGACCGCGCCACCAGCGCCGUGCCGCCCGGAGAGUCCUACGAGAUCUUCCUUCUCUACGUCAAGAAGGUCGAGGCCUACUACGGCGCCACCAAAACGCGCGAGGUCUUCGAGAAGGCCAUGGAGACGGUCCCGGACGACCGCGUGAAGGACAUCGCGCUGCGCUUCGCGGCGCUGGAGACGCGGCUCGGGGAGAUCGACCGCGCGCGAGCCAUCUAUCUCUACGCCUCGCAGUUCUGCAAUCCGCGCACGCAGAUCACCUUCUGGAAGCUCUGGCAGGAGUUCGAGGUGUCGCACGGGAACGUGGAGACCUUCCGGGAGAUGCAGCGGACGCAGCGGAGCGUGGAGAGCGCGUUCCUGCAGCAGGAAAUCAUCAGUCAGGAUCUGGUGGACGCGACGGCGGCCGCGGAGGAGGCGCAUCCGACCAUUGCUGGGUUUAAGAGGGCCUCGACGGAGGGAGGGAAGAAUGCGAUUGCCAGCUUGGAGGAAAAGGCGAGGAAGGUCGCGAGAGCGGACAUGGAGACCAAGGAAAUGAGCGAUUUCAAGAAGGAGGUGGAGAAGGACCCGUCGGUGCUGGAGAAGGUGGGAAGGGAUCCGAUGGUGGUUGUGAAGAAUUUGGAGGGCGUGACAAGCGAGAAGGUGUUUAGUGAGGAAAAGUGGUUUGUUUGUUGCAGAACUUUUUGCGUCCGGUUUUAA